UUUCUAUAAAAUAUCAUUAAUAAAGUGUCAGAUUUCAAUCGUAAAUUAUUUUUAUAAAGUUUUCUUUCAAAUGAACCGCUGUAUUUUCAAUUGUAAACAAUAACAAAAAGGUGUGGUUGAACGAAAUAGUUGGUUUUAAUGAACGAUUCCCCAAUUUGUAGUUUCCUGUAUACAGGUUUAGCUUGAGUCAAAACUAGACUGAUGGGGCACCUGUGUCUUCUCAAAUGCGCUCGCCCCAGACUUCUAUGAAAUGGCGGCAAGUUUGGAAGAGCCAGAAUACAAGAAAAAGAAACUUACUGACAAGCCUCCAUCGGGUCUUCUAACGUGCCAUGCUAUACGACUAAAGCCUGGAGAAGAGCUAGUCUCAGGUUUGAAGCGUUUUGUGUCUGAAAAUGACCUCGGGUCAGCGUUUGUUCUGACGUGUGUCGGGAGCGUGAGAAGUGGUACCAUUCGACUCGCAAACGCCACUGUUAGCAGCAAAGGCGACCCAAACGAGAUCAUGGAACUAAAUGGGCAGUUUGAGAUUUUGUCCCUUGUAGGGACCAUAUCUGGUGGGGGCCAUCUACAUGUGUCCCUAGGGGACAAGGAGGGACGGGUCAUCGGAGGACAUGUCAUGGGUAACAUGAUUAUCUUUACUACAGCGGAAGUCGUAAUAGGUAACAGUCAACAGCUAAAUUUCACCAGGGAAUUUGAUGAGGAAACAGGUUUUGAUGAGCUAGUAAUUAGACCACUGGAAUGUUAAUGAAAUCACCUCAUGUUGCUAGGGGUGAGCGCAGGGCACACUCCUUGGCCACCAAAAACUGAAAAAAGUGGUGAUCGCCAAAGUUUAGACUUUUCUUAUAUUAUAGAUGACUGCACUAUCCCCCCCCCCCCCCCUCCCUAAGCCAACCAAUACUGGCUACGCACCUAAAUUGUAUUAAACUGACAUUGGUGUACAUCUUUUAUGUAAAAUGUGCAUAUUAGUAAUAUCCACGUUUGUCAGAAACCAUGCUCUCAUGUUGUACUUUUUAAUGGUUGUGUACCUUUGUCUCACAAUAAUCAUCAAAUUUGUGACUUUUAAAGAUUUGGUUUUCAUAUCCAAUGAUAUUUGGUUUUCAUAUCCACUGAUAUGGAAAUUUUGCUAUGCACUUUUCAAAUUUUUUGGUAGUUUUUCGAUGUUAGGGAGCACCAGCACCAAAAACACAAUGUAACAAAAGCCAAAAACAAAGACCUUAGAACGAGACAAUAAAAUAGAGUACAAAGGCCCCGGUAUCCGAUCCGAUCGGAUAAUAAUAUCCAGUGGUUAAGCUUGCGUUUACCGGAUGUACGCAGGCUAAGAAAUACCCAAUUUAUUUAAAAAUUGUUAAUAGAAGGGAUAAAAAAAGGGUAUACUUCAGCAGCAAGGUUUUUUUCCGCCAGGUUUUUCCAAAAGGGAUAGUAUGUAAUACUUUAUAAUAUAUAGUGGCAAAUAUACUCUUUGACUUUUUUUCCUCUGGUAAAUAAAUAUAUGAAUAAAUAAAGAAAUUGGAAUAACUG